GGGCUGCAGCGCCCCCUGCUGGUGAGACCGCGGACCUGCGGGUGUGAGUGCAUGAGGACAGUUGAAGAUGGCGACUGGAGUCCUUCACAGAGUUUGCGGGAGCCUGGGUCGGGCUAAAAACAGGGCCCCGACAGCGGGACAGCUCGUCGUGUUGAGCAGAGGAUUUGAAACAUCAAGCAGCAGAAACAGUCAGGACAGCUGGUUUAAAUCACUGUUUGUGAGGAAAGUGGAUCCCAGGAAAGAUGCACACGCUAACCUACUGACCAAAAAUGAGGAAAGCAACCUGUACAAAAUUCAGUUCCAUAAUGUCAAGCCAGAGUGCCUGGAUGCAUACAACAAACUCUGUGAGGAGGUUUUGCCCUCCAUCCACGCUGAUAAGUACUACCCCUGUGAGCUGGUGGGCACUUGGAACACCUGGUAUGGAGAACAAGACCAGGCUGUUCAUCUGUGGCGUUACAGAGGGGGAUACCCGGCUCUGACGGAUGUGAUGAGCAAGCUGAAGCAGAACAAGGAGUUCACAGAGUACAGGAAGGAGCGGGGCAAGAUGCUGAUGUCUCGCAGGAACCAGCUUCUGCUAGAGUUCAGCUUCUGGAACGAGCCCGUCCCCCGAGAGGGCCCCAACAUCUACGAGCUGCGGUCCUACCAGCUCAGGCCAGGAACCAUGAUCGAGUGGGGUAAUUACUGGGCCAGAGCCAUCGGAUAUCGCCAGCACAACAGUGAGGCUGUGGGGGGGUUCUUCUCACAGAUCGGAAACCUCUACAUGGUUCAUCACCUCUGGGCUUACAAAGACCUUCAGACCAGAGAAGAGACGAGGAACGGCGCCUGGCAGCAGGAGGGCUGGGACGAGGUGGUAUAUUACACAGUUCCUCUCAUUCAACACAUGGAUUCCAGGAUUAUGAUCCCGACUAAGGCUUCCCCGUUGAAGUAAAGUGAGCUGGAAGCGGAAAUCCAGGGGCACCCCACCCCUCCUCUCCUCCCCCUCCCUCCUCCCCCUCCGAAUGUUACAUCCAUCCAGAGCAUCACUAUCGUGGUUUCCACCUCCCAUCAGUGCUGCCGAACAACGUCCCUUCUCCCUUCUUUGUUAUUUCAAAAUGUCACCAGGACAGAGGAGGCAACAAUGCCCACCAUUUAUCAGCCGUUGAAAUAUUCAAAACCACCGACAGAUGCACAACAUCCCAUUUAUUUUUUUAGUUCAGGUGCAGGAUGAGUACAUUUCGCUGAUUUAAACCUCCUGAUGCUCACGAUGUCCAAAGUCCGGUGCCACAUUAAAUCUGGGCCGUGCAGAGCUCAUUUCUAAGUUUAGAAACAACCAAAGUUACUUAAAGACGUGCAGCUGUGUUGACAGAUAGAAAGAAUAGUGUUGCUGAAGCUCACUGCACAAUGCAGGAGCUAUUUAUUUAUUUAUUUAAUGUAAAUUUGGAGCGGUUAUAUUGGCGUGCUGGGGAGUGGCACUUUGACAUUGCAGAGUGAAGUAAAAACGUCUUCAUCUUUCAAGAAAACUGUAUUUCUGUUGCAUAUCAUGAUAAAACUAAAGUAUAAAAUGGUGUAACAUGUACGUUAAUUGAGGUCCUACUACUCCUUUCUGUUGCCUCUUUGGAUGUUCCUAGGUUGUCUGUUAUGGUAAUGUUGCAGUUUCAUGGUGCUGUGUUUGUAGCUACUGCUUUUUUCACGUGAAGACAGAAUGCCAGGUUUCAGAAACAGUUUUUAUCCAACAUGUUUAAACGAGGCAUCGCUAUCAUGUAUGAUACACUCAUAAAACAAAUGUUAUCUAUCAGUGGCUGAGGUACUCUAGCUGCUGCUUAUUGUAAUAUCAGAUGUUAUUGUUAAAGGAAGCAUGUUUAUCUUGUCUUUUGUUCAUCAGUCACAGGAAACGGUGUAGAGGGAAAAGACGAGAAGGCCAAAACAGAAUAAAGCAGUUUCAACAA